AAGACGCAGAUGAUGGCGUUCUGUCCCUCGGCGCACUUCCUCCUCCUCCUAACAAGGGGGGAUUACGGCUUCUGCAACCUGCGCUUCCUGCAUCUUCACAUACGUGUCGAUGACCAGUGGCACAAGGCCGACGAGCAGUUCCUCCAAGUCCUGGAGGAGGUCAAGUUCGUGGUGAAGGCCUCCCGGGUUGAGCUGAUCGUGAGCGACCUCUUUGGGGAUGUCAAGGAGGAGCACCAGGAGGUGAGGAAGAGGAUUAUUGUGGUCGAAUGAGGGGGGCGUGGCUAUCGG